AUGCCAGAGACCAACUCGGUUGUGGCGAUGCGCAACCUGCUUGAUAUGAAUCAUAUUUAUAUUGACAAGGAGCUUGCUAGAGAACAAGGCAAAGCUAUCAUCACAGGAGCUGGCAAGAUUCUGGACGGUAAACGAGGAUCUGAUUGGUCUGGAUCGAAAGCAGGUAGGAUUCAGAGGGUAAUUCGUUACAACAAGGAUCAAAAUGAAGCCACGUUUAUCAACCAAGUCUUCAACGCGCUUUUAGGCUUCGAACGUACAGUGCCUGUGGACGAUAUAGACGCUAAUCGCGAUUAUAUUGAUGCUGCUUGGGAUAAAGACUUCCUGCGAUCUAAGUGGGAUACGGAAUUCGUUGGUGAUGGACCGCCAAAACUCACGAUUCCAGAGGGGGAGGAAAAGUUCUGGAAAGGCAUACUGGCUCUAUUUCCAAGGAUCACAAACCCUAAACCAGACAUUUCCUACUCUGUUGAUAGCACUGCCUACGAUGAACGCUUGAAGGUGAAAAUGCUUCUAGACGCUGCUCGUUGUCAACUAGGCGGCCGCGAAUGCUAUCAUACUUUUUUCGCUGUAGAGUGUAAGUGUAUAAACAGUUCCAUUCAAGCGGCAGAGAAUCAGGAUAUGACGGACGGCGCCACAAUGUGCGAGCAAUCUCGCCGCUGCCGCCGCGCCUUCAAGACAGGCAACAAGGAACGGUCGUCACAUUCCGUCACUGAACCCACCCCUGACAAGGAAAACUUCGUCUUCACGAUGGCAGUUGCACCUGACCAAGCAAAAAUCUACGUCAACUGGAUACUAGUCCAUCCACCAGCUAUCGAUACUUUUCACAUGCAUCACCUUAGAACCUACAUGUACAACGAUGAGGAUCAAAUCACUGCCCUCCACCACGAUAUCGACAAUAUCCUCGACUGGGGAAUUGGCAAGCGCAAGGAAGCUUUUGACACACUGGCCGAGGAAUGUGUCCUGAAAGGAAUCUUGCCCGAAGAGCCCUUGCCGGGGCCUCCCAAUGCGAAGAGACAAAAGACCGGCAGUGGAAGCGGAUCCUGA